GGUAUGACAACCACCAUUAAAUUUAAGGAAGAAGAAGAAGAACGCGGGAGUUUUGUUAUGUUUCACCACAACGGCAUACUUAUUGGCGCGAUACAUCUCAAGAGUUGUGAGUGUGCCUCUCCACUCGCUGGGAUUUUUCGAAAUUGUUUUGAUACUGCAGCAACGUUAAACAACAUGCCUGCCACUACGGACACCGGGAAGACGGAACCGUUCGAACAGAAAGACGAAGAGAAGAAAUGCCCAGAGAAAGCGGCUUUCUCCUUGUUUUGUGAUGAACGCGGGUAUCUGAACCAGAUUGAGUACAUUCUGCAGAACGGGGUUCGGAAAGGCGAUCGUACUGGAACCGGAGUCAUUUCAGUGUUCGGUUUACAAGCUAGAUACAGUUUACGGGACCAGUUUCCUUUGCUGACGACAAAGCGUGUGUUCUGGAAGGCCAUCCUGGAGGAGCUGUUGUGGUUCAUUAAAGGCUCCACCAACGCCAAGGAGCUGUCGGAGAAAGGCGUGAAGAUCUGGGACGCCAACGGCUCUCGCGACUUCCUGGACCGCAGCGGGUUCCAGCACCGAGAGGAGGGCGACCUGGGGCCAGUCUACGGCUUCCAGUGGAGGCACUAUGGAGCAGAGUAUACAGACAUGCACGCAGACUACACAGGGAAAGGGGUGGACCAGCUGCAGAAGGUGAUUGACACCAUCAGAGCCAAUCCAGAGGACCGGAGAAUCAUCAUGUGUGCCUGGAACCCCAAAGACCUGCCUCUGAUGGCGUUGCCUCCGUGCCAUGCUCUGUGCCAGUUCUACGUGUGUGAGGGUGAGCUGUCGUGCCAACUGUACCAGCGGUCAGGAGACAUGGGCCUUGGGGUGCCCUUCAACAUCGCCAGCUAUGCCCUGCUGACCUACAUGAUCGCCCACAUCACAGGCCUCAAGCCUGGUGAUUUUGUUCACACUUUGGGUGAUGCUCACAUCUACAGCAAUCAUGAGGAGCCCCUCAAAGAACAGCUGAAGAGGGAGCCUCGUGCCUUCCCCAAGCUUCAGAUUCAUCGCGAGGUGCAGACCAUCGAUGAUUUCCGUGCCGAAGAUUUUGAGAUCCUGGACUACAACCCUCAUCCCACUAUUAAGAUGCAGAUGGCUGUGUGAACACUCGCACACAAGAACAUUUGUGUGUGUGUGUGUGUGUAUAAAGCACAUGUGUACCACACACACGACACACACCCCCACCCCUUUAGCCCUGUUCUAUUGGCCUACCCUGGUGUCUGUCCCAAUGCUGUUUAGCAUCUACUGUAAAUAGGAGUCAAAUAGUUGCUGUUACAUUAUAAAAUAAAUGUCAAAUCGUUGCUCCGGUAUUUUAAAAUAUGAGUAAAUUGUUGCUAUGGUAUUUUUCUAUUCAAUUAAUAAAGGGGACUUUAUUGAUAA